UUACUUAGUCCCCAUUUUUGUCCAGCCAUUCUUUCAACCAAAUUUGCCUUAUAAAAAAAGAAAAAAUGUUUGGCACCUCAUAACAUAAACUUCCAAACGCCUCUGUGAUCUUUGUCACUUCCACCCAAAAAUGCACAGCACAUAUUCCACGCAUUGCUUAAAAACAUAUAAAUCCAAAUCCAGUUUUAUCUGAAAAAUUCAAAAAUCAAACCGCCUUAAGCACCAAUAUCCUCAUCUUAGAUCCUCUUUUUCAGUUAUCGAUAACUGCAUGUCGGUUUCCAUUUCUAAUCUCCUCUGAUUUUGUAAUGCCAAUCAUGGAAUUGCCGGAGAAUCAAGGAGCCACCGCCACUGCAACGGCAACGGCGUCGGGUAUUAAAUCUGAUCUUAUUCGGAGAAGACGUGGUGGUAAUGGUUUUGAGCCGGCUACUGCAAUUAACGGUGACGAUGUAUGUAGUAGCGAUGCUGGAUUUGAAACGAUGAAUGAGCCGAGUAAAUCGGUUGGUGAAUCCAAUCCAAGGGAGGAGGUGGAGGCUGUUGCCAAUGGACAGGAGGAAAGCAAUACAACCGAAGCAACAACUGCCUAUAAAUUUUCUUACAGGGCGUCCGCGCCAGCUCACCGGCUAAUCAGAGAGAGUCCUCUUAGCUCUGACGCCAUUUUCAGACAGAGUCAUGCAGGCUUGUUCAAUCUCUGUGUUGUGGUGCUGAUUGCUGUUAACAGCAGGUUGAUUAUCGAAAAUUUGAUGAAGUAUGGCCUGUUAAUUAGGGCUGGAUUUUGGUUUAGUUCAAAGUCUUUAAGGGAUUGGCCGCUUCUAAUGUGCUGUCUCAUUCUUCAACUUUUGCCCGUCACUGCUUUCCUAGUGGAGAAGAUGGCACAGAAGAGGCGUUUGACUGAGCGUGCGGUGGUCAUUCUUCACAUAACUAUAACAACAGUUGCCAUUUUGUAUCCAGUUCUGGUCAUUCUCAAGUGUGAUUCUGCUUUUCUGUCUGGUGUCAUAUUGAUGCUCGUUGCUUGUAUUGUGUGGAUGAAGCUGGUUUCUUAUGCACAUACAAAUCACGAUAUGAGAGUACUUGCAAAGUCUAUAGAUAAGGUUGAAACUUCGGAUGCGGAUUACUCUUAUGAUGUCAGCUUCAAGAGUUUGGCUUACUUCAUGGUGGCUCCAACAUUAUGCUAUCAGCUUAGCUAUCCCCGCACUCCAUGCAUUCGCAAAGGUUGGGUUGCCCGACAAUUCAUCAAGCUGGUAAUAUUUACAGGAUUGAUGGGAUUCAUCAUAGAACAGUACAUUAACCCAAUUGUGCAAAAUUCACAACAUCCUUUGAAAGGAAACCUUUUAUAUGCCAUUGAGAGGGUAUUGAAGCUUUCGGUUCCAAAUUUAUAUGUCUGGCUCUGCAUGUUUUAUUGCAUCUUUCAUCUUUGGCUAAAUAUACUUGCCGAACUACUAUGUUUUGGUGAUCGUGAGUUCUACAAGGAUUGGUGGAAUGCCAAAACAAUUGAUGAGUACUGGAGAAUGUGGAAUAUGCCUGUUCAUAAGUGGAUGGUUCGUCAUAUUUAUUUCCCCUGCUUAAGGAAUGGAAUUCCAAAGGCGGUCGCGUUACUGAUUGCUUUCCUUGUUUCUGCUGUUUUCCAUGAGCUGUGUAUUGCUGUUCCUUGUCGCCUUUUCAAGUUUUGGGCAUUCAUUGGAAUUAUGUUCCAGGUUCCUUUGGUCAUUCUCACAAACUUCUUACAAAAUCAGUUCCAAAGCUCGAUGGUUGGCAAUAUGAUGUUCUGGUGCUUUUUCUGCAUUCUUGGUCAGCCGAUGUGUGUGCUCCUGUAUUACCACGACGUAAUGAAUAGAAAAGGCAGUGCACAUUAAGCAUCAUGCCGGAGAUCAUGAAUCGUUGUGUGUUUGAGUAUUUAUGUUUUGGAUUCCAAGCUCUAUGCUACUGUUUCUUAGAGAACACUGGUCAUCCACCAGUAACAAUGCUGAUGAUGUGUUUCUGGCGAAGGCAUCCUGCUAUUUCCUUCAUCACUCCAAAUGAUAUUCAGAUGACACACGAAAUUAUCUGUUCUGGAUGCACAACACAAGGGCACGACAAGGUGAUGCGGAUGACUUAACAUUUUUAUGGUUUUUCUCUACGUCAGAAAAAUGUAACAUACAAUCUUGGGGUACCUGCACUUGUUAAUGUAAUCCCUACUCGCCUCUAAUUUCUCAUUCAUCUCUUUUGCUUGUGCUUGGCUGUGAUGCUAGCAUGAAAUGUAAAUAAUUGAGUGUAACACAUAAACAAAGCCGAUUGUGCUUAAAAACGCUUAAUUUGUUGUUGUGAAACAAAGUUUUGGAGGAAGCUAAAUCAUACUUACUAUUGCACAGCUGUGAAGUAGACAGCAAAGAACAUGAUAGAUUCAUAUUAAAUUU